AACAAUAAAUCUCCCAAAAUGCUAAUUUGUAAGGUUCCUUUGCUUUGUAGUGCUUUAGCCUGCUGAGAGCUUAAAAGUUAAAGGUUGUUACUGACAGCAGCUACAUCUAAGUGUUUAUUCAUUUUCCUUUUGACUGAAUAGUUGCUGAUUUGAUCUUGGAGACGUUUCUCCUCACAUCAGCUUCAGAUCUAAAGAAUGAGUUGUGAGUAGGUGUUGCGCUGACCUUAGAGGUGUGGCUGCCCCUCUCUAUUGUUCCUCAUCCUUUCUCUACAUGCUGACUCCGUUGCGCGUUGCCAGCGCGUGACCGCAGAUGGAACCUGCGUGCGCUCCGGCGCGCGCCUCGCCAGGUGAGCAGAAUUGAGGCAAUUAAGAGCUCGUGCUCGGGGGAAAUGAAGUACAGCCAAAAUGUCUGCAACAAGCUUUUGCCCAGCGCGCGGCAGACUGAGAGGAGUGCAGAGCGAACACAAAUGGGUACACUGUGAGGAGGAAGACUUUGAUCUUGACGGGCUGUCGAUGUUCAACAGCUGGUGCUGGUUAAAGAAGAAGAUCCUGAAGAACAGAGUGCUGGUGUGGACCAGCAGGACCCAGAACACCUCCACAUAAAGGAGGAACAGGAGGAGCUCUGGACCAGUCUGGAGGGAGAGCAUCUCUGUUUGAAGGAGGAGACUGAAGCUGUCGGGUCUCCUGUUACUGCUGUUUCUAUAAAGAGUGAGGAUGAUGAAGAGAAACCUCUGGUCUCACAGCUUCAUCAGCAGCAAAUAGAAGACAGAGAUGUUCCAACCAGCAGCUCAGCUGACCAGAUGACCGCAGAAACUGGUGGAGGAGCAGGAACUAGCAGGAACCCAGAUCUGAACCCUCAUGAACAAACAUCUGAUUCUUCAGAGACUGAAGAUAGUGGAGAUGAAGAUGAUGAUGAUGUGUAUCUGGACUCUGAGCUGUCAGACUCUGGGUCUGAAACUGGAGAUGAAGAUGAUGACUGGAAUGAGAGCAGGUCUUCUGAGUCAGAUGCUUUUCAACAGGUGGUGCUGGUUAAAGAAGAAGCUCUAGAAGAACAUAGCGCUGGUGUCAACCAGCAGGACUUAGAUUUUCUCCAUAUAAAAGAGGAACUGGAGAAACUCUGGCCCAGUAUGGAAGGGGCACAUCUCCAUUUGAAGGAGGAGACUGAUGCCACCAGGUUUCCAUUCACUGUUGCUUCAAUAAAGAGUGAGGAUGAUAAAGAGAAGCCUCUGUUCUCACAGCUUCAUCAGAAGCAAAUAGAAGACAGAGAUGUUUCAACCAGCAGCUCAGCUGACCAGACGACAGCAGAAACUGGUGGACUAGAAACUAGCCAGAACCCAGAUCUGAACCCUCAUGAACAGACUCUUGAUUAUUCAGAGACUGACAUUGUAGAUGAUGAUGAUGAUGAUGAUGCAACUCUAGACUCUGAGCUGUCAGACUCUGGGUCUGAAAUUGGAGACCGAGACAAAGACUGGAAUGAGAAAAGGUGUUCUGAGUCAGAUUUUAGGACUGUCAACAAAUUCUUUAGUCAAAGGACACUUUUAAACAGUCACAUGAGAGUCCACACAGGACAGAAGCCUUUUGCUUGUGAGCUCUGUGGGAAUAGAUUUAGUGAAAAGGGACAUUUAAACAAACACAUGAGAGCCCACACAGGUGAGAAACCCUUUGCUUGUGAGCUCUGUGUAAAAAGAUUUAGCCGAAAGACACAUUUAAACACACACAUGAGAGUCCACACAGGAGAGAAGCCUUUCACCUGUCAGCUCUGUGGGAAAAGAUUUAGUGAAAAGUCAGCUUUAAACAACCACAUGAGAGUCCACACAGGAGAGAAGUGUUUCGUCUGUGAGCUCUGUGGUAAUAGAUUUAGUGGAAAGGGAAGUUUAAACACACACAUGAGAGUCCACACUGGACAGAAGCCUUUUGCUUGUGAGCUCUGUGGGAAUAGAUUUAGCCAAAGGACUACUUUAAACUGUCACAUGAGAGCCCACAAAGGUGAGAAACCCUUUGCUUGUGAGCUCUGUGUAAAAAGAUUUAGCCGAAAGACACAUUUAAACACACACAUGAGAGUCCACACAGGAGAGAAGCCUUUCACCUGUCAGCUCUGUGGGAAAAGAUUUAGUGAAAAGUCAGCUUUAAAGAAACACAUGAGAGUCCACACAGGAGAGAAGCCUUUCGCCUGUGAGCUCUGUGGUAAUAGAUUUAGUGAAAAGGGAAGUUUAAACACACACAUGAGAGUCCACACUGGACAGAAGCCUUUUGCUUGUGAGCUCUGUGGAAGGAAAUUUAGCCAAAAGAAAACUUUAAACAGUCACAUGAGAGUCCACACAGGAGAGAAGCCUUUCACCUGUCAGCUCUGUGGGAAAAGAUUUAGUGAAAAGUCAACUUUAAACAAACAUAUGAAAGUCCACACAGGAGAGAAGUGUUUCGUCUGUGAGCUCUGUGGUAAUAGAUUUAGUGAAAAGACAAAUUUAAACCAACACAUGAGAGUCCACACUGGAGAGAAGCCUUUUGCUUGUGAGCUCUGUGGACAACGAUUUAGCCAAAAGACAAAUUUAAACAGUCACAUGAGAGUCCACACAGGAGAGAAGCCUUUCACCUGUCAGCUUUGUGGGAAUAGAUUUAGUGAAAAGUCAACUUUAAACAAACACGUGAGAGUCCACACAGGAGAGAAGCGUUUCGCCUUUGAGCUCUGUGGUAAUAGAUUUAGUGAAAAGGGAAGUUUAAACACACACAUGACAGCCCACACUGGACAGAAGCCUUUUGCUUGUGAGCUCUGUGGACAACGAUUUAGCCAAAAGACAAAUUUAAACAAACACAUGAGAGUCCACAUUGGACAGAAGCCUUUUGCUUGUGAGCUCUGUAGACAACGAUUUAGCCAAAAGACAAAUUUAAACAAUCACAUGAGAGUCCACACAGGAGAGAAACCCUUUGCUUGUGAGCUCUGUGUAAAAAGAUUUAGCCGAAAGACACAUUUAAACAGACACAUGAGAGUUCACACUGGCUUUUCACCUGUGAGUUCAGUGGAAAAGAUUAACCCAAAAGAUCAGUUUAAACGGUCACAAAAGAGUCAAUAAAGGACAGCAGCCUUUUGCUUGUGAGCUCUGUGGACGAAGAUUUUGCUGAAACAAAACUUUGAACAAUCAUCUAAGCAGCCACUAGGGCUGAACGAUCUCUCGUUCCGUCUCUAACCUUUUUUGGCCCGUGGGCUACUUUUACACAAUGAAGUACAGCAGAGUUACUGCCAUAUGAUUUAUUUACAUUGAUACUUUCCAUGUGUGAAUGUGCUUAUGUUAAACAUGCUAUACUUACUAUAUUAACAUGCAUUGUACUCACAAGUUGAUUUAUCUGUAUUUCAGUACAUCAGUAUAUAUAUUUUUUUAAAGUAUGAAAACUAGUGACAUUCUGAAAACCAAAUUGAACAAAACAUAUUUUUUUAAACUAAUCAGAUACUUUUGUUGCAAGUUCCUGCGGGUCAAAAACUGUGGUAAGAAACAAGGGUCACAGAAGGGUCGCAGGGACAAGAGGUCAGAACUUGCUUCUGAGGACAAAACUGGGCAAAAGGUCAGAAAGCGGCUGACCCAGCCUCUGGCAGGAAAGGAGGGACUGGAGGAAACAGAGUGAAAAGAGCUCAUCAGAAAGAAAAGCCUUCUUGAAGAAUGCUGGAUUUCUGAGGAAACUGAGGAUCUGCUGCAAAGAUGAUGCCUAAUGACCCGUGUUUAGCUGAAAAAGCCUUCAUGAAGAAUCCUGCACGUAGCAAAAAUGAUACCAAAUGUCUUGUGUUGAGCUAAAAAGUGUGUAACUGGCAAAUGACCCCAUGACCUUACUGUCAUGUAAUAUGAUAUAUGUGUAACUAGAAGACUUUUUACCUUGUCUAGAAUGUUCCCAAGAAGAUUAUAAAAGAGCAGCUAGAAGCAGAGCUGGACACAGUUUUUGGGGCAGUCGACAGACACAGUAGCAGGAGCAGUAGCUUGAAGACAAAGUUGGUGUAAGCCAACUAAUUAUUCUUAAUUAAUCAUUAGGACUAAUUUCUCCUUGGGGAAAGUGGUCA